GGACUAGAGACCCUCGAAUGAUCGGCUUUGAAUUGUAUAGUGAACGAGUGGGUGAAUGACUGAGUGAGCUAUAGGAACGAAAUAUACCGUGAGGACUCUGCUGAUGAUUUGAUUGGAUAGAUGAUGAGACGGGUGAUCAGAAAGAAGUAAAUGUAUUUUUAUGAAUAAGAGACGGAGCGAGGAGAGGAUUGCACAUCUGGAAAUGCUGGUAUUCGUCAUUCGAUAUUUUCAGCAAAUGAAUUGAACAACACAUUUUGUUGUACAACGUUGUCUGGAAAACAUCUCCCUUCCCUCUGGCAGAAGAAUCGCAGUGUGUUUCAGUUGGACAGACUGGACAGAGUGCAGCCGACACAGCGACGGUGUGAGUGGAGCAGAGAGAACCGAGGAUGGGGGGCGGAGGUCAGCAGACGGAGUCAAGCGAGCCGGCCAAGGGUGACGGGGUUGGGCCCGAUGGAGGGCGAGGUGGCAGUGCAGUCUACACCUGGGAAGAGGUCCAGAAGCACUGCCACAGAAGCGACCAGUGGUUGGUCAUCGACAGGAAGGUCUAUAAUAUUACCCAGUGGGCGAAGAGACACCCUGGGGGCAUCAGGGUCAUCAGUCACUUUGCUGGAGAAGAUGCCACGGAAGCAUUUUCCGCAUUCCAUCCCGAUCCUAAUUUUGUCAGGAAGUUUCUGAAGCCGUUGCUGAUUGGAGAGCUGGCACCGACAGAGCCCAGCCAGGACCAUGGGAAAAAUGCAGCUCUGGUGCAGGACUUCCAGGCCCUGCGUGACCGUGUAGAGAGGGAGGGUCUCCUCCGUGCCCGCCCCCUCUUCUUCAGCCUCUACCUGGGCCACAUCCUGCUACUAGAGGCCCUGGCUUUGGGCCUGCUCUGGGUCUGGGGGAGCAGCUGGAGCCUCACACUGCUCUGUUCCCUCAUGCUGGCCACGUCUCAGUCCCAGGCUGGCUGGCUGCAGCAUGACUACGGCCACCUGUCGGUCUGCAAGACAUCCAGCUGGAAUCACAUACUGCAAAAGUUUGUCAUUGGACACCUAAAGGGUGCCUCUGCUAACUGGUGGAACCAUCGUCACUUCCAGCACCACGCUAAGCCCAACGUGUUUAGUAAAGAUCCUGAUGUCAACUCACUGCAUGUCUUCGUCCUGGGAGACAAACAGCCUGUAGAGUAUGGUAUAAAGAAGUUGAAGUACAUGCCCUACCAUCACCAACACCAGUACUUCUUCCUCAUUGGACCUCCACUACUUAUUCCAGUGUAUUUCCACAUCCAGAUAUUGCGGACCAUGUUUUUACGACAGGACUGGGUGGAUCUGGCGUGGGCGAUGACUUUCUACCUUCGCUUCUUCUGCUGUUACUAUCCCUUCUUUGGUUUCUUUGGCUCAGUAGCAUUGAUCAGCUUCGUCAGGUUUUUGGAAAGCCACUGGUUUGUAUGGGUGACCCAGAUGAAUCACCUUCCGAUGGAGAUAGAUCACGAGAGACACCAGGACUGGCUCACCAUGCAGUUGAGUGCUACUUGCAACAUUGAACAGUCAACCUUCAACGACUGGUUCAGUGGACACCUCAACUUUCAGAUUGAACACCAUCUGUUUCCUACCAUGCCCCGUCAUAACUACCACCUGGUGACUCCUCUGGUUCGUGCUUUGUGUGAGAAACAUGGAGUUCCCUACCAGGUCAAGACUUUGCAGAAAGGCAUGACUGAUGUUGUCAGGUCACUGAAGAAGUCAGGGGAUCUGUGGCUGGAUGCGUAUCUCCAUAAAUAAAUCCCUUCCUGACUCUGGACGGGAUUUAAUCCAUCGCAGAUUAACGACCUGCGAACAGAGAGGACAUUUCCUGGAUGUUUUUGAUGAUAAUGAUCGCUGCAAACAUUAUUGUGAUCUAAUUGUUUUAAUCCUUGUCAGCAGUGAAUGGGGAUCCAUAGCAUAAAUAGAGGGUUUAUAUAGUAGGGCCAGGCGUUUUUUUUUUUAAACAAAAUGUAUUUAUUGACCUAUAUUUCCAGCAUUAUCCACUGGGUUUGAUGCAGGCAGAAAAUCCUAGGAAAUGCUCUGUAAUUGACACAAGUCUCAGUCAUUCCAGUCUGGUUGUCCAUUCGUUUCUGGUGGAGGGAUCGCCUGAACCAGUGGAGACGCAGCAUAUAAUGUUUAUUUCACAAAACCUAUUAUUUGGCAAAGAAUUCUAUUUGUAGAUCAGUGAUUUUACACCUCGUUUUUCUCAAGCUGAUCGCCUCCAACAGACUCAAUCCCUGAUCACAGGGGGUUAUAUAAAUGGGGCAAUUAGGACACUUGCAGGGGAAAGACUAUGAAUCAAAGCAGAAAAUAUAAGUGUACGAUAAAAAAUCUCUAUCGCUUGAAAUUCCCCGCUGGGAUGUUCUUUGCAGACGACAAUAUAUUCUGCAAAACCUGAAAUUUAGCGUCACAUUUUAAAUGGAAAAGCAGGAUAGACAGGAUAGACAGCCAUCUGACAUAAUUAUGCCGUCUCAGAAGAAUGCUUCAACCUUGAAAGGUUGUGGGGGAUAUACUGUGAAACAGUCUCCUCCUUACAUAACAAGACAACAUCAAUCAACAACAAUAUUUCACGACGUCUUCGUUGUCUGUUAUUAACAUAUAGGCAUUUUUGUAUCCGAAAAUGUAGAGGGUGGAAUAUAGACUAUUUUCAGAAUACUAAUGGCUCGCCUAUUUUCAUUGACUAUAGAAAUAACACAUUUUAUCCAUCUCUAAGACGGCAGUAUUUGGAGAGAUGCGCUUCUCCGCCUCCACAAGGUUAAUGUAAAAGCGAAGCUACUCGGAGUGAUAUUCUAACGCUGUUGAAUAGUUCUCUGCCUGUAAAUUCACUAUCAGCCAGAACAACUGUAAGGUCUUCACCCAGCUCUCAUACACAAUGUGUGACAGUGGAUUUGUCCAUUACUGUGUUUUUUUCCGGGCUGCGGCUCCGUUCUUUACGUGUGUUAAUGAAGGUGCGCAAUUUGGGAUUGUCAACUAUUUUUAGAGGGAUGUUGGCGCUUGCAAAAGCAAUAUAUAUAUCCUCAUCAUUUACGUUUGUACACGUGUUUAAUGAAAAUGGCUCGUUUGUUCGGCUACAUUUUCUUAGAUAACAUGCCUACUAUUCCUAUAUAAUUUUGAUAACGGACAAUGAGUAAGUAAAAUAUUUAUGCCGAUUUAUUUCCUUAAUCAUUUGGUGCAUUAGGCUAAAGUGUAUGCUGUUGAUGCAAAUAUUUUUCUUUUAAUCUCAUUUGAAGUCAAUCCACACGGUUGGGAAUUGAUUUUGGACUAAUUGGAUAAUUAUGUUAGAUGAUCACGGUGUGAGAAAGUGCUAUACCGGACACGGGGUAGAAAAACAACAACCGAAGAACAACCAAAACGCCUGGCCCUAAUCAUUGGUGCCACCCUGUUUUAACAACAUUUAUGUAUUUACGUAUAUAAAAAUAAAUAUGUGUUUAAGCCUUAUAUUACAUGUAUUUAAAUAUAUGGACAUAUUACAAAAUUGGCCUUUUUGAUAUAUUUCUACAUAUAUGUUUAUAUAUUUAAAUAUAUGGAAAUACAUUUUGAGAGCAUGCUGUGGUAGAUAAGUAAAAUAAAUGCCCAAAUAUAUUUCAUAAAUAUAUGUUGCCAUGUAUUUAAAUGAAUGGAAAUGUUUGCCUUUUAUCUUAAUAAUGAUACUGUAGCUAGGCUACAUAAAUAAAAACAAUCAAUGCGUAAAACUACAAAGGUCAGGACUGAAUCACAAUAGCCUGUUGUGGUAGACUUUGUCUGAAUGAAUAACUGACAACAAAA